GGUCCCUCCUCGUGCUGUCCUCGCCGUGCACGCGCGUGGUACCCACGGUCGUGAGGAGGAGGAGGAUGUUGCGCGUGAAGGGGAAAUGGCUGCCGAAAACAAGCCGGAAGGACUGAAGAAAGUUCGUAAUCCGGAUCGAAUGUACAGAUCAGCAGUGUGUUAUGCUGGCCACGGUCCACCUAAGAAUAUCAGUGAUGACACAGAGACGAACAAUGAACAUGGACAUUUGAAAAUAUACCUGCCCAAGAAGCUGCUUGAAUGUCUACCAAAAUGCACUUCGCUGCCAAAGGAGAGACACCGGUGGAACACUAAUGAGGAGAUCGCAGCUUACUUGAUAACAUUUGAAAAGCAUGAAGAAUGGCUAACGACAUCCCCUAAAACAAGGCCACAGAAUGGGUCGAUGAUACUGUACAAUAGGAAGAAGGUGAAGUACAGAAAGGAUGGCUACUGCUGGAAGAAGAGGAAAGACGGAAAGACCACACGGGAGGAUCACAUGAAGUUGAAAGUGCAGGGAGUUGAGCUUGCCCAUCUCACCUUCCUUCCUUCCAGAUGGUGCAUUUCACAACCUGCUAGGCACGAUCAAUCAAGCCCAGAUGCAGACUGGGCUAUUAAGUGUUUGUAUGGCUGUUACGUCCACUCCUCCAUCAUCCCCACCUUCCACCGUAGGUGCUACUGGCUGCUCCAGAACCCUGAUAUUGUGCUCGUCCACUAUUUGAAUGUUCCAGCCAUUGAGGAUUGUGGGAAACCAUGUGGACCGAUCCUGUGCUCCAUCAAUACAGACAAGAAGGAGUGGGCCAAGUGGACCAAGGAGGAACUGAUUGGCCAGCUCAAGCCCAUGUUUCAUGGCAUCAAGUGGACUUGCAGCAAUGGGAACAGCAGCUCUGGCUUCUCAGUGGAGCAGCUAGUGCAACAGAUUCUGGACAGCCACCAAACUAAGCCACCUCCCCGGACUCACAACUGCCUCUGCACGGGCACCCUGGGUGCAGGAAGCAGUGUACACCACAAAUGCAACAGUGCCAAACACCGCAUUAUUUCCCCAAAAGUGGACCCCCGCUCAGGGGGCUACAGCAGUGCCCACUCAGAGGUACAGAACAACGAUGUGUCAGAGGGGAAGACAGAGCACAGUGCCCAUGGUGGAGGAAAAAGCUCUGGGGGAGGGACUGGAGGGGGUAGUACCAGGGAGAAACGAAAUGGCAAAGUCCACAAGCCUGUCCUGCUGCACCAGAACAGCACAGAGGUGUCAUCCACAAACCAGGUCGAGGUCCCUGACACCACGCAGAACUCACCUGUCUCCAUCAGCAGCGGCCUCAACAGCGAUCCAGACAUGGCAGAUAGCCCUGUGGUAACAGGGAUGAGUCAUGUGGCCUCUGUCAUGUCUGGCCUGUCUCAGAGUGUCUUUAUGUCUGAGGUCCCUGGAGACCCUGUCUACAGCAUGUCUCCUACUGGGGGUCCAAAUACUCACCUAAUGGGUGCUGAUGCCACUUCACAGGGCCUAGUGCUGUCUGUGACCUCUGAUCGUCACAAAUUUGCCUUCCCCGGUGGAGGUGUUGGGGAGGCUGGGACUACUACUGCAGGAGACAGUCUUUCCAUGUUGUCUGCAGCUGGGGUGUCUGAGGAACUGGUGCUCUCUAGCAGUCUGGACUCGGGAACCAUCAAGAUCCCAGAAACUAAUAUGAACUUUGAUCCCGACUGCUUCUUGAACAACCCCAAACAAGGCCAGACCUAUGGAGGCAGCGCAAUGAAGACAGAGGGAAACUCCUCCUCCACCUCAUCUUCCUCUGGUGGCAGCACUAGCACCAAUGGCAGUCUGCAACGUUCCCCCACCAUGUCAGACAAUAGCUACACGUUCAACUCAGCUCUCGUAAAGAACAUCAAGACGGAAGAUACAUCAUUUGAGCAGCAGCUGGCCAAGGAGAGUGGCUACCAGGUGGGGGCAGUAGUGAACUGUGGCAGUGGGGUAUCUGCAUCAUCUGGUGCUGGUUCAAGCCAGGGCAGCCUCAGUCUGACAGCCGCAGGCUCCCUGCUUCCUUCUGGCGGAGGUUUGAGUCCUAGCACUACCUUGGAGCAAAUGGAUUUCAGUGCCAUCGAUGCCAAGCAAGACUAUACGUCCAGCACUACCACAGUGAGCUAUGGUCAAGCCAUGUCCAGUCCUCACAUGCAACAUCAGAAUCGUUCACCCAGCUUCUUCCUCCAGGAUGCAUCUCAGACCAGCCAGACUCAGCAGGGGAGGCCCAGCAUGGGCCAGAAAACACAUUUGAUGGAGCACAACUCCCAUGACUCUGGAGCCUAUAUGGGGCUACAAGUUGUAAAAACAGACUCACCUGGCAGUAAUGGCCACCUUCAUCACCACCAUCAGACCCAGCACAGGACCAACUGCAAUGGUGGCUCACCUACAGAAGGGCCUGGCCAGGCUGGCUCUCUCCAGCUGCUACAAUACCAGGGAACCUUUCCUGGGCUGGGCACUGAGCACGAGGAGGUGGUUGGUCUAGAGCAACCUGGCAAUGUGAAUUCAGUUCAGACUGGAGCCACCGAGAAUGGAGCUGAAAAUCUACUCAAGGCAGGAGAUCAUAUCCAGGGUUGUGGGGCAGUAAAUGGAGAGGGAGGGGGAACAGAACACUACCUGCAGCAGGCUUCAGAUGGUGGCGGAGGAGGGACAGGAGGUGGAGGUGAAGGGGUAGCAGUUCAUAAUGGCAACAACAACGGUGAUGUCAACAACCAUUCCCAGCAGCAACAACAGCUGCAGCCUCUUCUCCAAGGCACAAACAUGGUCCAGGGACUCUACAACGCUGUAGGAGCCCACCAGGGUCUGGGUGGUACAGCCAAUAAUGGAGGAGCAGGAGGGACAGGCAUGGAGAUAAGUCUGGAUCACUUUGACAUCUCUUUUGGAAACCAGUUUUCUGACCUCAUUAAUGAUUUCAUCUCAGUGGAUGGUAGUGGAACAGCCAUGUCAGCAGGAGGGACCCUAUAUGCUCACCAGCUCGUCACAUCUCACAACUCAGAUAACCAGACCACAGCUGGUGGGCCUCCACAUCAGGGCCAGGAAGAUGGAGGAGCCAGGGGCUCUGGCUAUGGCCCCUCAGAGCUCUGCCUCCAACCCUGCUGCAGCCCCCAGUCUUUAAGUGGAGGGGCCAGUGCAGGAGGAAGCACAGGAGAGACAGGCUCAUUGUCCUACAUGAAUGUAGCAGAGGUGGUUUCUGCAGCUGUAGCCCAGAGUGCUCUGGGGAUGCUUCAGGCCACAGGCCGUCUUUUCAUGGUCACUGACUACUCCCCUGAGUGGUCCUACCCUGAGGGUGGAGUUAAGGUGCUGAUCACUGGGCCCUGGCAGGAGGCCAGCUCAAAUUACAGCUGUUUGUUUGACCAGAUCUCUGUUCCAGCAUCUCUUAUCCAACCAGGGGUGCUGCGUUGUUACUGUCCGGCUCAUGAUACAGGUCUCGUGACGCUACAGGUGGCUGUAAGUAACCAGAUCAUCUCCAAUUCAGUGGUGUUUGAGUACAAGGCCCGAGCUCUUCCUUCACUGCCAUCAUCUCAGCACGACUGGCUUUCUCUGGAUGAUAACCAGUUCAGAAUGUCUAUCCUGGAGCGCUUGGAGCAGAUGGAGAGGAGGAUGGCAGAGAUGGCCAGCCACCAGCAACCGAGUGGUGCAGGGAGUGGCGGAGCUGGGGGAGGAACUGGGGGAGGAGGGGGAGGAGGAGGAGGUGGGGGAGGCAGCAAUAACCAGUCACAGUGUGUAUCUGGCCAAACGCAAGCCAGCAGCUCCUUUGAGAGCCGUGUUGUGGUGGUCUGCGAGAAGAUGAUGAGCAGAGCUUGCUGGGCCAAGUCCAAGCAUUUAAUCCACUCCAAGACCUUCAGAGGCAUGACACUCCUUCAUCUGGCUGCAGGCCAGGGCUACGCCACCCUCAUCCAGACACUCAUCAAGUGGCGUACCAAGCAUGCUGAUAGUAUUGAUUUGGAGUUAGAAGUGGACCCUCUCAAUGUGGAUCACUUCUCGUGCACACCUCUGAUGUGGGCCUGUGCACUGGGUCACCUGGAGGCAGCAGUGGUCCUGUACAAAUGGGACAGACGUGCCCUAGCUAUUCCAGAUUCUCUGGGCCGCUUACCCCUGUCAAUUGCCCGCUCUCGUGGCCAUACCAAAUUGGCAGAGUGUCUGGAGCAGCUACAGAGGGAAGAGCAGCAAUUGCCAGCCCCCCUACCACCCACAACUCGCAUGUCUUUCUCCCCAGCCCCUGACGCCCCCACCACAGACAGCUGGAUGGUCAGCUGGGCAAACAACACUAUAGUAGCACCAAGUGGCAAGAAAGGAUGUCCUGCAACCACAACAACCACAUCCAGCACUACCAGCCUCAAUCCUGACUUGAGAAGGCCAAGAUCAGAGCCCUCCAACUACUACAGCAGCGAGGGCCAAAGAGACCUUCCACUAGCUAAAAAACAUAAACCCAACCCAGAACUGUUUCAAACCCGGCCUGAUAAGGCCAUGUCUGUUCCUUUGAGCCUGGAGCAGCAACAGCUCCACAAGCUGUCCUCAAGCACUAAGAGCUUGUCCUCAGAAGGGCUGAGCUCAGACAAAUGCCUGUCUACAGGAGGCAGCACAGGGACAGCAAGAUGGACCUCCAGAGAGAGUUUCUCCAGCAGCAGCAACUUGGGGAGGAAGGCACUGGGUGUCAGCGGAAGCAGCAGCUUGGGAAAAGAGAAACUGGCCAACCGGUUACGGCAGCGGGAACAGUUAGGGAUGCUGGUAAUGUCAGAAAGUGAAAUGGCCGAUUCAGAGUUGUUGUCAUAUCGGGAGGAUCUGGAGAACCAGGACUGCCUCACACAGAUGGAUGACCUACAGGUAAAUAUGAUGACUCUGGCUGAGCACAUAAUUGAAGCAACACCAGAGAGAAUCAAAAGGGAGAACUUCGCCACAGCAGACUCUGUGCCCUUAGACACAUCAGGGGUCAGCAACACCAUGAACUGGCUGGCCAACUAUCUGGGAGAUGUAGAACAGCUGCCAAGCAUCAUACAUCUACGAUCUCUCUAUAAUGAACCCCUGACCCCAUCAUCCAACCCUAGUCUGAGCCCUGGAGGGUCUCCGUUGAGAGAGGGCCCCCUGGAAAAGUCAACACUUCCUUCCCCAGCUGACUGGAGUGAGUUCAUCAAUGCCUCCAACAGCAAAGUGGAGCGGGACCUGGCCCAGCUGACUCUGUCAGAUCCAGAGCAGAGAGAGCUAUAUGAGGCUGCCCGCCUAGUCCAAACUGCCUUCCGCAAGUACAAGGGGCGGCCGCUCAGAGAGCAACAAGAGGUAGCUGCUGCUGUUAUACAACGUUGUUACAAGAAAUACAAACAGCUAACAUGGAUAGCGUUGAAGUAUGCACUUUAUAAGAAGAUGACGCAGGCCGCCAUCCUUAUCCAGAGUAAAUUCCGCAGCUACCAUGAACAGAAGAAGUUCCAGCAGAGCAAGAGGGCUGCUGUGCUCAUUCAGCAAUACUACCGCAGCUACAAGGAGUUUGGCAGGCUGAAGCCCCACCACCGUGGGGCUGCUGCUGCUCUGGUGCAGCAUAAACUAAGAAGUAGUCUGCUCACAAAGAGACAAGAUCAGGCUGCCAGGAAGAUUAUGAGGUUCCUACGACGGUGUCGCCACAGCCCCUUGAUGGACCAUAGACUGUUCAAGCGGGGUGAAAGAAUUGAAAAGGGCCAGGGAACAUGAGACCCCUCAGAAGAGCUCCCUUGCGAUGUGACAUCACUCUCCUGACUCCUUUUCUUUUUUGUUUGUACCCGAGACAUUUUACAAGAGAAACAGAAAAAAAAAAAACACCAAUGCAAGCACUGCAAUUAUUACUACUACUGCAGUGUUACUGGUUCAACUACGAUUACAUGUACAACAGCAUUUUUUUCACAUAUCUAUUCUUUCCACUGACUUAAUUUUGGUUGGAGAGUGGCAACUUCUAUAGGAUUAUAAAAUAAAUGGGUAGGGGUGGGGGUGCAGAACAUUUGCUUCUUGGCAUUUUUUGCACUUUUUCAUGGAUUGCUUUGUCUUUUUUUGAAUAUGAAGAGGCUUUGGACAGUGAAGAAAGCAAACGCAGGACAAGAAAUGUAAACUGUGGCUGCUGCAGAAAAAUCUCAGAGGACAGAGAGACCAUGCAGAAACACUCUGAGCUCUAAUUGUAUUUCAUAAUUUUUUAAGUGACCAAUCAAUUCAUUUGAAGAAGGGAUUUUUUUUUUUUUACCAAAUAUAUUAAUAACCCACAUGCCCACUUCUAUCCACUGCUGUAGAUUAAUAUUCAACUUAGUUCAACGAUUCCUCCUGUCCCACUGUGCUCUACCCCACCAGUCUGCCCACACAGGUGGAGCUACAAAUGAAUGUAGUCGGGGUUUUACCAUACUGAAGCAGAUGGGGGAUAAAAUAUUUGUUUUAAUAUUUCUUUUUAAAAAAAACUAUGCUUUAUCAUAUAUAUAUAUUGUCACUUUAUUACUUGAAUUGUUCCAUACUGUCCAUUGUAUUUCUUCCAUCAUGUCCAAUGUAUUGGUGAUCUGUAUCUUCAGGCUAUAUGUUGUUAAAUCCUACCAAGAAAAAAUGCAUGACUUCUUGUCAAGAAAAGUCUUUGCUUGUGUGCUUUGGUCUAGUCUUUCAGCCUCUCCUCUGGUUUUGUUCUUAUUUCCACUUCGGUGGACCACAUAUCCGUAUGCUAUGAAUUUCAGCAUUUCAUUGAUGAAGCUAUCCCUGUAUUGUCCGAUUUCUCUGUAUUUCAUUUUGGUUUGCCUUGCUGGUUUGAUUGCUUCUCUGAGACAUACCGAGAGGGAAAAAAAACUUGCUUAUUUUGUGUUGUAAUGGUUAUGGUCAUGCAGGUUAUUACUGUUCUUUUGAAGUGAACUUCAGAGCCUGUGAAGGUUUUUGAAGGGAAGAUCACAUACAUUGCCUUGACGUCUUAGAGAUUCUUUGAGAGGUCCCUAAGCUUGUCCCAAAAUAGGGGUUUGACAAAUCCAUAUUUUUGACAAUUGAGCGAUUUCUGUAUAUAAAGAAGGCUGAAAGUACGUAGGUAAAAAAAAAACAUGUACCCAAAGGGGAUUGUAUUUUAGAAAUAUAUUAUUUUAUUCAUUAAAAUGGGUCAAAAACAGGUAAGAGACAAAAACAGAAUAUUUGUAUAGUUUUGUUUGAAUGCCUAAGAAGUAUGGUUGUAUUGUUUGUAUAUAGUGUAAAUACCUGGGAUAAAAAUGAGCUAUGUGCAUGAAAAGUAUGAACAGAGUCAAAAGGGAAAAAAAAAAAAACAACAAAAGCAGUAGUGGCUAUGCUUUGUAAAAUUAAAACUAUUUCACUAUUAGAGUAUUUUAUUUUAUUUUGAUUGUUCUUGAGAAGAACAUUUUGCUAAAGCAUGAUAUUAUUGCAAUAUGAAAAAGUAAAAAAUACUGUAUUUAGUGUUAGGAGAAGUCUUCAAAAUUAUCUUAAAACAAGUAUGGUUGUGUUUAUUUAUUUUUUAAUUUUUUUUUUUCAUUUGUUUGUUUUGGGCUACCAAGAACCUUUUGCCAAUGGUGCCAAGGUAUGUGAAUGCUAUAUAGCUUAAGAAGAGAAUUAAGUUAAUUUUUGCAGAACAGAUAAUCAUCCAGUGGAAUACACACUAGCACUGAAGAUCAUAACAUCAAAGCUGGCAGAGGAUCACAAAAACGUUAUGGUACACACAGGUUGCAGAGAGAGUCAUUUUCAAGCAGAAAGCAUUUAAGUCUGUCAUGUGUCCACCAUUCCUACCAACUGGAGCAUUUAUCGAUCACCGAAAAACACCAUAUCAAAGUUGAGUUUAUUUUUUGUUGUCAUUUGAAAAUGGAAUGUGAUGAUUUCUCAUUACUGAGGUAUUGUCUGAUCUCUAAGAUUGUAAAUGGCAGCCUUGCCCAUGGUGUACAUAUAAAACAAUUUUUGUUAUUACUCUGUCCCUGAAAACGAUGGGAGUAAACAUGCAAAUUUUAAUUUCCAGUGUGCUGCACCAACCUUCGGUUUAAGAAUUCCGAGUUGUUCCUCGUAGUCGAGCAGUGAUGGGUGUUUCUUUCUACGGUAGGUUUCAAAUUUAAAAAAGCACUUGAACAAGGCUGCCAGAGUCUAAAUAUAUACCUUGUAUUCCAUGUCAGA